UUCCUUCUUUAAGUAAUCUACAAGAAAUGGUUGAUAUUAAACAAGCUGCAAGUGACAGAUUUCCAAAUGUUGAGUACUCAAGAGCGCACGAUGUGGAAGAAAUUUGGGUUGAGAAUUUUGAAUUAGUUUUUUUUUAUAUUAUUAAAGCAAAAUAUCAGUCGAGAAAUUGGCCUGAUACUUGA